AUGAGUGCCACGGUCCGAGACUCAACGGAAGGGGACGUGGAGGCCGUGCUUCGCAUCUACGCGCACUACGUGCUCCACUCGGCGGCCACGUUCGAAGAGACGGUGCCCCCGCUCGAGGAGAUGCACCGCCGCCGGAAGGAUGUGCUCGCCUCCGGCCUCCCCUACCUCGUCGCCGAGGUCGACGGCGUCGUCUGCGGCUACGCGUAUGCGGGACAGUACAGAAAGGAGCGCACCGCGUACCGAUACACGGUGGAGGACUCCAUCUACCUCGACCCGGAGAGGACAGGCCUGGGUUUGGGCAAGCUGUUGCUGCGAGCGCUGAUCGAGGCGUGCGAGAAGUUGGGACGCAAGCAGAUGUUGGCUGUGAUUGGCGACUCCAACAACGCGGCCUCCAUCGGACUCCAUCAAUCCUUCGGCUUCCGCAAGGUGGGAACGCUGGAGCGGGCGGGCAUCAAGUUCGGGGAGUGGAAGGACGUUGUGUUCAUGCAACGUGCGCUCGGUCAAGAAGAAGAAGAAAAGCACGCUUGA